GGCCGUCCGAGAAGUGCUGCGGGGUGACCACUGCCCGUCCCUCCGUGGCCAGGUCCGGCGGGCGGCGGAUGGCCCAGGCGCUGCGCGGCUUCCUGCAGGCCCAGCGGGUGCAGCCGCCGGUGGAGCUGUACUCGAGCUGGCUGUCCGUGGGCCACGUGGACGAGUUCCUGAGCUUCGUGCCCACCUCCGACCCCAAGGGUUUCCGGCUGCUCCUGGCCAGCCCGAGCGCUUGCCUCCAGCUGUUCCACGAGAAGAGAGAGGAGGGCCACGGGGAGGCGGCCCAGUUUGAGGGGUUAAAACACAAGGCAAACAGGAGCAUCAACGAGAUGCUGGCAGACAGGCGUCUCAGGAGCGACAAUCUCCACGCACAGUGCAUUGACUGGAACCGCGAGGUGCUGAAGCGGGAGCUGGGCCUGACCGAGAGCGACAUCGUGGACAUCCCGCAGCUCUUCACCCUGAAGGGCUCCUACGCGGAAGCCUUCUUCCCCGACAUGGUGAACAUGGUGGUGCUGGGCAAGUACCUGGGCAUCCCCAAGCCCUACGGCCCCAUCAUCGACGGCCGCUGCUGCCUGGAGGAGAGGGUGCGGUCCCUGCUGGAGCCCCUGGGCCUGCGCUGCGUCUUCAUCGACGACUUCCUGUCCUACCACGAGCUGCUCGGGGAGAUCCACUGCGGCACCAACGUGCGCCGGAAGCCCUUCGCCUUCAAGUGGUGGCACAUGGAGCCCUGAGCGCCCCCCACCAGCCGUCCUCGCUGCCCUCCUGGGGGACACUUGGCGCUCUCCCCACCCCCGCCAGCCCAGUGCCUGCAAGUGUGCUGGCCACCUUGGGCGCUGGGGCUGCAGCACGCACGGACACCACCCCGCCUGGACUCUGGAGCUGGCCCCACCCAACCUGGGACGGACUGACCACAGCCCCCAGAUGUUCCGGAAAAAGACCAGCAGCCUCAGCACGUCCGAGAAGGGCUGCGAGGGGCCUUGGCGGGCAGCCCUCACCUUGAAUCGCGGCCGCUCUAUGCGGACGCCUGCCGGGGGCGCAGGGAGAGAGACUCUGGGUUUGCCCCAGGUUCUCCUGGACCUUCUGGUCCGUGGGGUCUCGGUGAGGCCCUGCCUCCAGGAUGCUCUGGCUCUCAGAACACAGCAGGGGAGACACAGGUGGUCCUCCUGGCUAGACCGGCUGUCUCCUCCCUGGGGGCCCCCGAGGCUGUGACCCCAGCGUCCUCCGCCUGUGUGUAGGCACCCGGACGCAGGACAGCUCAGCACCUGGGCCUGAUGGCAAACAGGAGAAAGAAAAGCAAAGCAAACCCUUUAAUUCCCAACUCCAUGCUCAGCAGGUGCUUGUUACCAUUGGCUGAGCCUUUAAUUAGGAGAGUCCUGGCUUCCGGCUCAGGAUCGCUGAGAGGCAAAGUGAGCAGGAGGCCAGGGUGGGGGUGCAGGAGGCCAGGACUGCGGGCAGGGCAGGGGGCGCCCGGGGGAUCUCCAGCCCGGAUGCUCCUGGAUCCCCGGUACCUGGCUCUGGAUCUGAGCGGAGCUGGCGGUCCAGAUGUAGCCAGGGAGGGGCCCAGGUGUUGGAAGAGGGUGGGAGGCAUCAGCUUAUCUUGCAGGCGGGGUUAAUUUCCUCUAAUGCUCUUUAAUUACUCCCCUUCCUGCUGCAGGCAGUAGGAGGGGAGGAAUUGGGAGGUUUUCUCCCAGCGACUGGGGACCCUGCACAUAGCUUGAGUCUCACCUGUGAGUAAACCCCUGGCCGAGCCAUGUGCCCUCCCACAGGGGAAGACACAGCUGCCCCAGAGGUUAACAGCCCGGGGUGAGGUCACCCUGAUGUGCACAGGCGGGCUUGGCUGGGCAUGGACAGGAGGCGGCUAGCCUGCCCCCGCCCCCUUCGGCUGGGGGGCUACUUCUGCCGGCGUGGGUUUUUGGUGGCCCCUGGUGAGACCUCAGACUGAGACACGGAACACAGCACACAGGUUUACGUGGUCUGCAAUGGUUAGAGCAGGUGGGCAGGAAUCCGGAUCCUCCCUUCUAGAAGGUUCUGUGGAACUCCAUCUGCAAGCUCCUGCUAUAACUGGAUCAGGAUCCAACCCGGGCUGAACCAAGGAGAAAGGAGCUCUCGGGGGUGGAGGGCGUGAGGCGGGUAUUGGGACUCCACAGAGAAGGGGCUGGGGGCAGGGAGGACCAGGCAGGGGGGUGGGGCCGGUGGAAGCCCACCGAGUGGGGGACGCUCCGGGGUCGCUGCCGAAGCCAUUCCGGGGGCCCUGGGUCCGCUCUGCAAGUGCGCUGGGUGACCAGUUGCCUCCUUCCCCGUCAAUAAAUACGUCCACGUGUGUUUCUCUCA